AUGGAGCUCUGUCCGAACGGAGACGUCUCAAAGCUUAUUGCUGCCAGAGGGACCCUGGACGAAUAUUUCAGCUGCAAACUUUUCCGGGAGAUGUGCAUGGCAGUCCAAUAUCUUCAUAAUAUGAAAGUGGCCCACAGAGACCUUAAAUGUGAAAACCUGCUACUGGACGUGCACGACAACCUCAAAGUGUGCGACUUUGGCCUCAGCAAGACCCUCACUUACYUUGACGACAAGAUUGUACUUAGUGAAACCUUCUGUGGCACGACAAGCUACGCAGCACCAGAGAUACUGAAAUAUCAGCCGUACGAUCCCCAAGUGUCRGAUGUGUGGAGUAUGGGCGUGGUGUUGUAUAUGAUGCUCUACGGACUGAGGCCUUUCAACACCACCAACCUUAAAAAGAUGGUGAAAAUUCAACUGGAACAUAAAAUUAACUUCCCAAACGCCCCGUUUGUUUCAGCUGAAGCAAAGAAACUCAUCAGAGACAUUUUGCACCCAGAUGUAGAGCAYCGGAUCAAAAUCAGUGGCAUAUUGCAGAGCUCCUGGUUGGUCAAAGGAAAUAAAAUGGAAGAGUGUAACGAGGCCUCGACAUCGACAGCAAAUACUGAAUAG